AUGCAGCCCUACGCCGAAACCGAACACAAAGAUGAUAUAGAGGAGGGUGACGCCAGGAGGCUGGAUUCGCAGCCCGAUACACUGGCAGCGAACAAAGAAGAAAUGGCAAAGAUGAACGUGGGAACCUUGCAACGAAGACUCAAGUCACGUCACAUUCAAUUCCUUGCUCUCUCCGGCGCUAUUGGAACGGGUCUUUUCGUGGGUGCUGGCCAGGUCAUCUCGCUAGCAGGACCAUUAUCCGCGGUGCUCGCCUACUUCAUCACCGGCUUCAAUCUUUACGCGGUGAUCAACAGCAUGGGUGAAAUGGCAACCUGGCUUCCAUUGCCGGGUGCCGUCCCUGUCUAUGCCUCCCGAUUUGUCGAUGAAGCUCUUGGCUUCACGCUUGGCUGGAAUUACUGGUACCAAUUUGCCAUCGGUGUUCCAAUCGAGAUCAGCGCCGCAGCUCUCGUGAUAGACUACUGGCCGAACGGUGUCGACUCUGCUGUCUGGAUUACGGUCCUAUUUGUCACCAUAUUCGCGGUCAACUGUCUUCCCGUGCGCGUCUACGGCGAAUUGGAAUUCUUCCUUGGCUCUAUAAAGCUCACUACCAUCAUAGGCCUCAUGCUACUCAUGUUCAUUAUCACGCUGGGUGGUACACCUACACAGGAUCGCAUUGGAUUCCGGUACUGGAAAAACCCCGGACUCAUGAAUGAGUACCUUGAGACUGGAGACCUGGGCAGGUUUCUGGCAUUCUGGAAAGUGUUCAUCCAGGCAACCUUCAGCUACGGAGGUAGCGAGAUGGUGGUCGUUGCGGCUGGAGAAACAGAGAACCCACGACGAAACAUCCCCAAAGCUGUGCGUCGUGUAUUUUGGCGAAUUGCUAUCUUCUACGUCGGCAGUAUCUUCUUAGUCUGCCUAUGUGUCUCAUCUCAGGACCACCGGCUGCUCAAUGCUAUAAAUUCUGGGGCAUCGGGUGCUGGGGCCAGUCCUUUUGUCAUUGCGAUUGAAAACGGGGGGAUCAAAGUGCUGCCAUCCAUCAUCAACGCAGUCAUCCUUACGUCGGCAUUGUCUGCGGGGAAUUCUUUCUUCUACGCUUCCACUCGCAUUCUCUACUCCACAGCCCUUGACGGGAAAGCGCCGCGCAUUCUUCGGUUCGAGAAAUUUGGUGUUCCCUAUGCGUGUGUUGGCGUGACAGCUGCAUUGAGUUUGCUUGUAUAUUUGAACGUCUCGGCGAGCUCCGCAGAUGUCUUCUUCUGGAUCAGCAAUCUAAGCUCUGUUAUCACGCUCAUCGUGUGGUCCUCCAUCGCCAUCACAUAUAUCCGUUUCAACCAAGGAUUGAAGCACCACGGUAUCCCGCGAUCAUCACUCCCUUUCAAAGCACCAUUCCAACCUUACCUGGCCUACUUCGCUGUCAUAUUUUCAUCCACCGUUGCAUUUUUCAACGGCUUUGAUGCUUUCUUCCCCGGUCACUUCAGUGCCAAAAGCUUUAUACCUCCUUAUAUCGAUAUCCCUAUCUUUGCUAGUCUUUUUCUUGGAUACAAGAUUAUCUAUAAGACAAAACUGGUCAAGGUUGAAGAUAUGGAUCUUUGGUCUGGAAAGGAGGAGGCUGACGAGUUGGAAUCAACGUGGGAAGAACCUAAGCCACGGAACUUUCUCGAGCGAAUCUGGUUUUGGAUUGCCUAA